AAAAGUAAGAAAUGUUGAGGUUUUAGUGGAAGGCGAGGGUUUGAGGUGCGCAAGCAAACAAAGAUGAAAGAAGCGGAUGAGCAACUAUGCGAGGCGGCCAUUAAAGGUGACACGAAGAAAGUGAGGUCUCUUAUAUACUCCGGCGCUGACGUCACCCACUUUGACGGCGAUGGCCUCAAUCCUCUGAUGCACGCCGCAAAGCACGGCCAUGCACCCGUCCUCACCCUCCUCCUCUCCGUCGGCGCUCCCUGGAACGCUCUUUCUCCCUCCAACCUCUCCGCCGGUGACUACGCCAUGCAAGAAGGCCACAACGAAACCUUCGAGCUUCUCCUCAACGCCGGGAUCCAAUCUGAACUGAUACUGGGAACAAUUGCGAGGAAGGCAAACAAGAACGGCGAUUCCGGUCACGAUUAUUUGGAAGAUAGGGUGAGUUUUAGCGAAGACAAGCUUAUGGACUCUGAAAGCAAGGCUGUGAUGAUGGCAUGGGAGAAUCCGUUGAUGGAGGCUCAUGCUAAGGCGGUUUGUUCCGGUGGUGGCCACGUACUCAAUAUUGGGUUUGGUAUGGGGCUCGUGGAUUCGGCCAUUCAGCGAUAUGCACCUGCUUCACACACCAUUGUUGAGGCUCAUCCUGAGGUUUAUGAACGCAUGCUUCGCUCCGGUUGGGGCCAGAAGGAAAAUGUCAAGAUUGUUUUUGGACGAUGGCAAGAUGUUCUGCCUCAGCUUGAAACAUAUGAUGGAAUAUUCUUCGACACCUAUGGGGAGUACUACGAAGAUCUGAGGGAGUUCCAUCAGCAUCUCCCGGCAUUGUUGAAGACUGGUGGUAUCUACUCAUUCUUCAAUGGCCUUUGUGGCAGUAAUGCAUUUUUCCAUGUUGUUUACUGCCAUUUGGUAUCUCUUGAGCUUGAGAAUUUGGGGUAUUCCACACAAUUGAUUCCAUUGCCGGUUAAGGAUUGUUUGGGAGAACAAGUUUGGGAAGGUGUGAAACAAAGAUAUUGGCAGCUCGAUACGUACUAUCUUCCUGUCUGUCAGGCCAUAGAGAACCCUGAGUGAGGCAGGAAAUGGAUCUCCUGCAGCUUAGAAAGAACUGCACCCUGUGCAGUUACAAAUUUCACCAUCCAUGCAAGUUUUUUUCUCUCCUUUAUAUAUUAAAAUUAAAGGAAUGGUUGAAAUCUCAUGCAGUUUUAUUUUUAACUGUAGAGGAUCUUAAUCCCAGUGAUGUAUGGUUUGAUUUUAAUAACAUCGUCAAUUAUUCUAACACGCCAUGUGUUUUUGCUUGUGUAACGUAUCAAAUGGAAUUGUAAGAAUACAGUUAGAGUCAUAUUGAACUUUUGAGCUUUAUUUGUAAAUUUCAUUA